AUGGUUGUGCAGCACGAAACGGCCGUGCUCGUCGUGGGCGCUGGACCUGCCGGCCUGAUCGCGGCGCUGCAGCUGGCCGAGAAUGGCGUUCCGUGCAUGCUUGUGGAGCGCAAUCUCGACACGACCAAGUGGCCCAAGAUGGACAUCACGAAUUGCCGCAGCAUGGAGCUGUUCAGGCGGCUCAAGAUCGACAGGGGGCUGCGCGAAGUUGGUGUGCCGCAGAAGUACUCGUUCGACGUCCAUUUCAGUUCUGGUUUAUCCGAUGGAGGCGAACUUAUUACGAAAUGGGAUCUUCCCUCGCCAGACUGGUGGAGGCACCACAUCAAAGCGCACAAUGACGGCUCCAUGCCCCGAGAACCAUACCAGCGGUGUUCGCAGGCCAUCUUCGAGGCCUGGCUGAAGCCGCGCAUUCAAGCACAACCCCUGAUCGAAUCCCACUUUGGCUGGAAGUUCGAGAGACUGUCCGAAUCCGAGGACGGAGUCGAGUGCGAAUUGACUGACACCACGGCGGGAGAAACGCACAGAGUCAGGGCCCAGUAUGUCAUCGGUUGCGACGGCGCAGGGAGCCGGGUGCGGAAAGCGAUUGGGGUCGACCUGAUAGGAGGGCCAGUACCUGCCAAACUCUACCUCGUCCACUUCAAGUCGCGCGACCUGAGCCGCAUCCAGCGGCAAGGCCAGUUCUGGCACAUCUACUUCACCAGCGGACAGGUCCUCAUCUCGCAGGACGAGGUUGACACGUGGACGUGCCACACGCCUUUACCGCUGGACUUUGACGUAUCGACGCUCGAUCCGAAGGAAACCGUCUACAAGGCUCUAGGCGGCUCGAGGGAACCCUGGCCCAUCACGAUUGACGAGGUGCUCGUCAUGAGCACAUGGAGACCCAACAUCUACAUUGCCGAGAAAUACAUCUCUCCAAAGGGCCGCGUCUUCCUUUCCGGUGAUGCGGCGCACCAGAACAUCCCGACCGGCGGCUACGGAAUGAACACAGCCAUCGGGGACAGCUUUGACAUUGGCUGGAAGCUCGCGGCCGUCUUGUCGGGCUAUGGGGGAGCUACACUGCUACAGUCGUACGAAGACGAGCGACGGCCCGUGGCGGCCAGGGUUAUUGAGCGGUCGGGCGUGCACUGGCAACAGCACUCGUUCUACAAGGACAUGGUGGCCAAGACAGGCGACACGGUGACCUCGAGGACGGCCGAGGGCGAGGACAUGCGGCGGCAGAUCGCCGAGUACAUGCUCGCGCACGACGGGGAGAACAAGGACCACGGCAUCGAGCUGGGAUACCGAUAUAACGGGUCCCCAGUCAUUAGCUUGGACGAGGACAGUGAGGGCACGACAACCGCUGAGCCGCCCUGGAACCCGGAGCACUACAUCCCGUCGACGUGGCCCGGGGCGCGGGCACCGCACGUCUUCCUCAAGGACGGGGAGACGAGCGUGUUCGACCUAUUCGGGCGCGGCCGGGAGUUCUCGCUGGUCGACUUCACGCCCGAGGGCCGCUACAUCCGCGCCUUCGCGCCCGCGGCUCAAAAACUGCAGAUCCCGCUCAAGGCCAUCCAUCUGCCUGACGAGCCGCACGUGAGACAGGUCUGGGAGCGCGACGCCGUCCUGAUCAGGCCGGACGACCACGUCGCGUGGCGCUGCCCGCGGAGUGCGGAUGGCGUCGAGAACAAAAUUGACCCUGCACGCGUCCUGGCCGUUGCGGUCGGCAAGGAGUCGGCUGGCGGUCACUCUGCCAGUGGUGGCAGGACCCAGGAUGAUCUGUCUGCCGCCGUCAAGGAGAAUGGGUUCACGGGCACUAUUGGGAAUGUGGACCAGGACAAGGUCGAGGGUCUCGCGCUGUUUCAGCGGUGA